AUGGAUAACCAGCACGCCAAUGAAGUUCCCCCGCCACAACACGUUGGAGGUUCUACGCUACAAUUCGUUGUGAAAGUGUUCAGAGCACCGCAGCACGUCAAUCAAGGUUUUACGCUACAAGGCGUUGUGCAUGUAUUCGGAACACAGCAGCCCGUCAAUCAAGGUGUUAUGCUGCAAGAAAUUGGGCAUAUACUCGAAGCACAGCAGCGCGCCAAUGAAGGUGCUCCGCCACAACACAAUGAAGGUUCCCCGCCACAACACAGUGAAGGUGCCUCGCCACAACACAGUGAAGGUGCCUCGCCACAAUACAAUGGUGUGCCAGAUCCUGAACACCACAGUAACAGGGCCGAGACCGGCUCUCCUCCUGAACAGCUCACCAACAGGGUCGGAGUCGCCCAUCCUAUCCAACACCCCCAGCCGAUUAACCGUCACUACCACAUGAGCCUUCCCAAUCAACUCGACUCACCAGAGCACUUUGAUUCUGAGCCUCAUCCGCUAUACCACAGCAACAACGCAAGAGCCGACUUGCCUCCACAGGACGCCAACAGCAUGGAAACGGACCAUACCGAACACCUUGACGCAGCCCAUGGCGGAUCCUCUCAACAAACUCCGUCGCAGCAGUACAGCCCCGCUCAUAUGUACGAGCUUCGUGAAGAUACUUGGCUGGCUGCAUCACAAGAUGGCGCGGAGGCCCAUGCUGGGCCAUCUGGAAACCCCUCGCAAGCCAUACCACAAGGUGACACGGAGGCCCAUUCUGGGUCAUCUGGAGACUCCUCGCAAGCCACAUCAGAAGGUGGCACGGAGGCCCGUUCUGGGUCAUCUGGAGACUCCUCGCAAGCCACAUCAGAAGACAGCGCGGAGGCCGAUGAUAGAAUUCCUGAUAUCCCCCCGGCACCUCGAUCACAACAUGGCGCGGAGGCUCAUGAUGAGAAUUCUGCCAUGUAUCCGCUAACCGUACACGAACCGCUGUAUUCGCAAGGGAACCGACGAAGAGGAUUUCGCAGGUGGAAGUCAGCCCGGUUAUUUCUGUUGCUCGUCAUUACCUGCGCGGUGAUCGCCAGAAACCACUCCAAGGCCGUCCAGGCUCAGGCAAGCUGCGACUCUGAUGUUUGCUGGUCCGGUGUUGAUUGGAUGGCUCUUUGCGAUGACGAUGGGGUUCUGGUCGAUUGGGAUUGUCUCGAAACCGGAGAGCCGGACAUGGGCCCUGUGCCUGACUGCAAGCCGGAGACAUUGGUCGAGCCGCUGCCUGAGACUUCGAAACGGGCAAAAGACCCGGUCAGGGGCUUCGCCGAGGCAGUAUUAGCGAUUCCUCGUCUGGACUACACAGGCCUUUUCAAAGGUCAUCCAAGUCGUUCAGAAACACGCGUCCAAAGAACACCAGCAGAGGAAACACCGGCAGAGGAAACACCAGCAGAGGAAACACCAGCAAAGGAAACACCAGCAAAGGAAACACCAGCAAAGGAAACACAAAUGAGACAUUUCACCGGAGUGGUAAUAAAAAUCUCGGUUUGGGACAUGGCAAAGGCUUCUUUUUGGCUGGGCGUUGCCGUUGCCGUCAUGGCAGAUAUGAUCAUAGGUUAA